CCUCCUUCCUCCCUCUUCCCUCCCUCCCUUUCCUUCACUCUCUUCUUUCUCUCGCUCAGCUCCCUAAAAGUAAGGAAAAAAUGCUGCUAUCAGUGACUUCCAGGCCUGGGAUUUCGACUUUUGGGUAUAACAAGAACAACAGGAAGGCAUACGUGUCACUGUCUCAGCAGAUGGCGCCACCGAGUCCAAGGAACAGUACCCCUAAUAGUAGCAAUGGGAGCAACGGGCAUGACCAGCUGAGCAAGACCAACCUGUAUAUCCGGGGACUGCAGCCAGGCACUACCGACCAGGACCUUGUCAAGCUCUGUCAGCCAUAUGGCAAGAUUGUCUCCACCAAGGCCAUCCUGGACAAGACCACAAACAAAUGCAAAGGCUAUGGCUUCGUGGACUUCGACAGCCCAUCGGCGGCACAGAAGGCUGUAGCCGCACUGAAAGCCAGCGGUGUGCAGGCACAGAUGGCAAAGCAACAGGAGCAAGAUCCUACAAACUUAUACAUCUCAAACCUGCCACUGUCAAUGGAUGAGCAAGAGCUGGAGGGGAUGCUGAAGCCGUUUGGUCAGGUUAUCUCUACCCGGAUCCUGCGAGACUCUAGUGGGACCAGCAGAGGGGUCGGCUUUGCAAGGAUGGAGUCCACGGAGAAGUGUGAAGCCAUCAUCGCUCACUUUAAUGGGAAGUAUUUAAAGACGCCCCCUGGAGUAGCAGCACCAUCUGACCCCUUGCUUUGUAAAUUUGCUGAUGGCGGGCCAAAGAAACGACAGAGUCAAGGAAAAUUUGUGGAAAAUGGCCGGGCCUGGCCAAGGAAUGGAGACAUGGGUGGUAUGGCCUUGACCUAUGACCCCACCACAGCUCUUCAGAAUGGGUUCUACCCAAGCCCUUACAACAUCGCCCACAGCAGGGUGUUUGCUCAGUCUGGGCUCUCCCCGUAUGUUCCGUCUCCUGUGUCUUCGUACCAGAGAGUGACUCAGCCGUCUCUACAAGUACCUAAUCCAUCCUGGAUGCAACACCAGGCGUACCUCAUGCAGCCUUCAACUGCCUCCAUGAUGGGACCUCUCACCCAGCAACUGGGCCACCUGUCACUCAGCAGCCUGGGCACGUUCAUGCCAACAGCUGCUGCUAUGCAAGGAGCUUACAUCCCCCAGUACCCUCCUGUGCCUUCUUCCAACGUCUCUGUUGAGGAGAGCAGUGGUCAGCAGAAUCAAGUGGCCGUGGAGACACCGUCAGACCAUGGGGUCUACCCUUUCCAGUUCAGCAAGUAAUGAGGCCUGCUUGAGAAGAAAAGCCUGCACCUGCCUGCCUGGGGCUAUUUUCUCAUUGAUGGAGCACGGGAACCAUGUUGCAUUUUUUAUGUGCUACAUUCAAGAUCAGAAAAACUUAACACUGGUUGAGCUGCUUCUCAUCUUCACAAAAACAUUUGGAUAUGUUGGAAAUAUUUAGGAAGGCUUUUAAAAUGAUUUAUUUCUUAAAGAAAAAUUGAUGGAGUCCUGCUUGCCAAGUUUAGUUAUGGACUAUUUUUGAUAUAUUUUAAAUAUGCAGACUUAAAAUUUCUUGUUUUGCAAA